UGAUGAGAACAACAUCAUCACCAAUAAUAAUAGCUACAACAACAACAACAACAACAACAAUAACAAUAGUAACAUCAACAAUGACACCACCACCAACAACAACAAUACUAAAAACGUACGUCGUGACGUCAUAAAGUAUGACGAAAACUACAAAAAAUUUCCAUUCUCCGGUUCCAGAUCAAAUUUCUACAGCAACAAAAACAACAACAUCAACAACGACAUUGCCAUCACCACCACCAACAAUAAUAAUGUUGAUAAUAACAAUAGUAAUAAUAAUAAUUAUUAUAAUAAUAAUAAUGAUAAUUUUCAUAAUAAUGAUCCGUGCUACAAAACCGCUUCAACAGGAAAUGGAAUAAAUAAAUUUAAAGACAAUCUCCCGAAUCCAAGCAACAACAACAAUAAUGAUAAUAAUAAUAAUGAUAACAACAACAAUAACAACAUUAAAAACAACAACAACAACAUCAUCGACUACCGCAUACAAGGUGUAAUUCAAAAAGCGACAUUCUUAAUAAUUUCAGCUUUCUUCAUCUUCUACUGCUACGCUAGGAUCUACAUUCUGGUGAGGCUGGGCGGGAAACGCUUAGCUACUCUUAGCGGCACCUACUGCUCUAAAAACAACAGCCUAAGGAUAAAACGAGAACUAACAAUCUUCAAAACAGUCGUGGCCGUUUUUAUAUUCUUUGUUGCCAACUACCUACCUGUUUCACUAAUCCAUGGUUUGGAUACGAACAAAAAUGUACCCUACUCCGUCUACGUAAUGUCUGUCAUGCUACUAUGGACUUCGAGUGCUCUCAAUUGGGUCGUCUACGGAAUGAUGAAUGCGCAGUACUCCAAAGCUUACAGGUUCGUUCUGCUACGAUCGCGGCUUCUUAACUACGGCAGUGGCUGCAGUGGUAGCGAAAGUUACUACUUCUUCAAUUAUUCCACUGCUACUAAGAGUCGUAUGACGUCGCUUUCUUAUCUGUCGGCUCAUAGCAAUGCGGCCCUUAGAAACUCUAAACACUUUCGAUUACGUCACAGGACUGCCUCUGACGUCAUUACUACUUCCGGCAUGAAGAGGAAUGAUUUCAAGAUGUCGAGGCUGACGCAAAAUGAGAGCGCCA